AUGGCUGCUGUUUGGGAGGUUGUUGGUGGCGCUGAGCGCGGCGGGGUCCUUGUUCGAACUGGUCAUGAUCUGAGCUCAGAUCUCGCUGACGGUCGACUUGCCACGGGAUCUUUGGUGAAGGAGACUGACGCGCGCGAUGGACGGAUUUGCUAUGAGCUUGUGAAGGGAGAUGGGCCUGCCUCGGGGUGGGUGACGCCCAAUCUCCGUGGCAAGGAGUUGCUGGUGAAGACAGGAGCCCAAGGAGAGAAGGCUCCUCAGUCGCGACGCCGUGGUUUCUCGCAGUGGGCAUCUACCCAGGCUGAUGAGGAGGUUGCCCCAGAGCCGGCCAUGCCGGAGUUGGUGCCGGCAGAGAUGGCAUCCGAGAGUUCUGUUUCCACGGCAGCGUCUACAGCAGAAGAGAUGGUGGCAUCACUUCCUGAGAAUGCAGCUGCAGUGGCAGAGAAGUCCUUGUCUAAGGACGAGGAAGAUGCAUUCCGGAUGUAUACCGACAAGUUUGGCGAAUGCAGAGAUGGCUCCAAUCCAGGUUACAGCCGCAAGGCCUUCCCGUGGUUCAGCCCGAAGCCCACAGAGGACAAAAAGAAGAAGCUGUCCAAAGAGGCCCUGGAGGCCGCACUUGCCUGCAAGCCCAAAGAGAAGAAGCUGUCGAAGGACAAGCUGUGGGAGGUCGACUCAGAG